AUGUGUUACUAUGAUGAUGAUCUAUAUUUUUAUAUAGUUGAUCGAUUGAAAGAGUUGAUCAAGUAUAAAUCAUUUCAAAUCGCACCUGCUGAAUUAGAAGCGUUGUUGGUGACGCAUCCGAAGAUAUUGGAUGCUGCUGUUAUUGGUAAACCGGAUGAAUUUGCCGGAGAAGUACCUUUGGCGUUUGUUGUAGCGAAAGGUGAAGUUACAGAACAGGAGAUUAUGGAUUUUGUUAGUCAGAAUGCGGCUUCGUAUAAAGCUAUAAGAGGUGGUGUUCGUUUUCUUAAUGUUAUACCGAAAAGUGUAAGUGGGAAGAUUUUGAGGAAAGAAUUGCGAGAAUUGAUUACAAAAGGAUAA